UUUUCAUUUUAGUGGUCAUAAAAUGCCCACAUAACAUGGUUUAACUAUCUGAACACACCUUAAUGUAGAAAAUAUGUACAUGCUUUGACUGUAAUAUGCAUAAUCCAACUUGUGGCUGAACAAUUUGCAUCAGCAGCAAAGCUCCUCUGUGUUCAGUAGGUGCGGUCCUCCUGCGCCCUGUUGCCCUGGGAACAGCAGGUCUCACUGUAAAACACUUUUGGGGGAGAACCAUUUAUGCCUUUUUAAAUAUAAGUAUUAGUGAAUAUGCCUUAAUCUCAAAGUAAAGGCAGGUCCUGCAUGCUAGAAUAAUACUAUUAUGAUCUUUUAAGUAUACAUACUUCAUAUUGUACUGUACUAUUUACUUUGAUCAUGAUGAAAGCCACAACUACCUCCAAUGCAAAAACAAUAUUUACUUCCGUGGCUGAAAGACAAUAGUUUUGUUUGAAUGAGCCGUCAGAACUAAACUGGUUGAGCGACUCUUGUUUGCACUGACGUGACCCUCAUACACAACUCAGCUGCUCAUCACCCAAAUGCACAUUCCUUACAAAUGUGGUACCAUCUAAAAGAUAGUUAAACAGACUUUCCAACGGUACAAGAUGUAUUGCCAGAAAGCGUUGUUUUGCUCUGAAUGAGCCAUCAAUCAUAUUACUGUUACUGUCAUCAUAAACCAACAUUACCCUUUCCUAAAGUCUUUGUGCUUUCCCUCCCCACAGGCUUCUGUGGAUGGUGGUUCUAUCUGCUGCUGGUUCUAUCUGAUGGUGGUUGUCCCUGCAGUGGUCCUUCCCAUGCGCCUGGCUUGCUACUCGCAAUUAUAUGAAUAAUUUCUGCUAUAGAAACGGAAUAUAUUGUACAUAUUUUACAUUCUUUACACAUGACAUCCAUUGCAGUCUGUCCAUCCCGGGAGUGGGAUCCCUCCUCUGACGUUCUCCCUAAGGCUUCUUCCCUUUUUUUUGCCAUGGAAGGGUUUAUUUUUGGGCAGUUUUUCCUGUGCCGAUGUGAGGGUUUCGGGAAAGAGGAUGUUGCAUGUGUACAGACUGUAAAGCCCUCUGAGGCACAUUUGUAAUUUACAAUUUUUGGGCUUUACAAAAUAAAAUGAAUUGUAUUUUGCCUUAAAUUGAGCAGAGGGAUGUAAUGUUCCUCGGGACAUUUGCCCGGCCUAAUUUCAAACCCUUAUUCACAAUGCGAGAAUGUUUUACAACCAUAUGCACAAAUCUCUAUAAGCUGUGUCUAAUUAUUAUACAUAUCGUUCUACAAUUAAUGUUCAUACAGAACAAACAUGACUGGACAAAAAAGAUCCUGGCUAAAACAUAAAAACAUUUUGAAGGCUGGUAAGUUUGCAAAUGUUAUGUGGAAAUUACUUACAAGAUGCCUGCUCACAUAUUUUAUCUGAACUUUUUUGUAAUCUAUAAUUCAUGUUACCUGCAAUCUUGUGGAAAUCACACAUUCAUCUGUCGCCAGGGAAGUGAAAUGCCUUAAUUUACGGUUUCGGCAUCUCCCAUGACGGUAUGGCAAAUGAAAACAUACUGUUCACGCUAAAGGGCUGAACAAGGAUAAGGAAUAUGAUGAGGAUGCCAUUGAUAACAGGAUGUAAUAAUCGUGCCACACCUCUCUUUUACCCUGCGACAUUCACUCCUUUGGAGCAUUUGGCCAACCCUCAUCGUGAAUAUAAAAGGCGGCUUGGAUGGGAACUUCUACCAAAGAGAGAGAGAGAGAGAGAGAGAGAGAGAGAGAGAGAGACUACCUAAGGUAUCAAGGUAAACACUAGAACUCUGUGUGGAGCCCAAGAAGAUGAAGAAGAUGAGUGAAAAGAGCUGUCAGGGCUCGACCAGUAGCAGCAACCCACCGAUGGGGGCCGUCACCAUCUGCGUGUCCCCCCGAGUCCUCUUCAACAUGGAGACGCAGCCUUUCAGCCCCGGACCGGCCUCCUCCUUCGUGAAGGUCCUGGAGGUUGUGAACAAAGAACUGAGGGACCUUUGCCCCGAGAGCAAGGAACUCAUUAAGGUCGUGAUCAUCACAAAUGACCAGGUAAACGUCCGUCAAGGACUCAUCGAAAGCAUCAAAACCAUCAAGGAUCACGAGUUGUUCAUUGAGCUCCGCUCUAUGGAAGAUGGGGAGAGUCUCAUCAACGUCUUGAAGGCCAACCACGCUGACCUUUACCUGUCAGAUCAGUCAACGGAAGUUGAGGAAGCUCUGGGAGGAGGAAUAGCAGCGGCCACCAUGUUCACCCCGGAGAAGAUGGCGGCAGUGUCUGAGACUCAGCUACGCGUCGCCUUCGAUGGCGACGCCGUCCUCUUUUCCGAUGAGUCUGAGCAAGUUUUUGCGCGCGAGGGACUGGACAAGUUCAAUGAGCACGAGAAGACCCACGAGAACACGCACAUGAACCAGGGGCCAUUUAAAGGUUUCCUGGAGGCUUUAGGAAAGCUGCAGAAGAAGUUUUAUGACAAAGGCCAGCGCAAGAAGUGUCCCAUCCGGACCUACUUGGUGACGUCUCGUGGCGCAGGCAGCUCUGGUACCAGAGCCCUAAAAACUCUGCGCUCCUGGGAUCUGGAGAUGGACGAGGCUCUCUUGAGGUCAGGGGCACCGAAGGGCCCCAUGCUCGAGAAGAUCAGGCCGCACAUCUUCUUUGACGACCAGAUGUUUCAUGUGGAGGGGGCAAAAGCAGCGGGGGUAGUAGCUUGCCAUGUUCCCUAUGGCAAGUGGGUUAGCUCAUAGAGAUACUAAGAGAUAGUAAUGGAUAUAAAACCCGGCUGAUAUUAUAUGACCCUUGUAUGAUGAAGUUAUCCAGCCUUCUAACUAAACAGGGAGGAUAAACCCAUUUUAAACAUACAUUUGUUCUUAGCUUGGCCUGUAUUUGUCUUAUGAAGAAUUAUUAAAUGAUUCUUUACACUUUAAUAAAGUUAUUUUUGGAAACUUAUAAA